UAAAGAAUCCUAAACCUGAACCAAUUGCUUUUAAGGUAAAAACCACUGCACCAAAACAAUAUUGUGUAAGACCAAAUUCUGGUCGAAUUGAAGCAAACCAAACUGUAGAUGUUCAAGUAAUUCUUCAAGCUAUGAAAGAAGAUCCUCCAUUGGAUUUUAAAUGUAAGGAUAAAUUCUUGGUACAAAGUAUUCCAAUCUCACCAGAACAAGAGAAUUUAACUUUACAAGAAUUGUGGGCUACAAUUGAAAAACAAACAAAAGGAUCCAUUAAAGAAACUAAAAUUCGAUGUGUUUACUUACCACCAAUAUCAACUUUAGACAAUCCACAUCAACAACCUUCUUCUCCAGAUUUACCGGUCAACAAUGUAACAAAUAACGUAAGUCAAAAAAUUUAA